AUGAAACUUUGUGCCCCCGAUACAUCAUCACCAUACGACGCCAAAAGAAAGUCAGAGAGUGAUGUUGGGAGCUUAUCAAAGAAGCCAAGAAAAGAGGAGCAUAGUUUUGAUCUCAAUUUUACAGUGAACAGUGACAUCGAGGAGCAUACUGUUCCAAGUGAUCUAACACAGGAAGCGGAAUUCAAUAGCCGCCGUCUCCCACAAGAGCUUCUGAAUUCGACUGUUCAGCUCACUUUAAAUGCAUGUUGUGGUCAGUACCACGAGGUUAAGGUCAAUCUCCUCUUGAAGCUGCAUCGAGCAUUUGAUGAAAUGCAGAAUGCUAAGGAUGAAAAGUGGCAACUUUUCAUCGAUCCGGAAGUCGUGGAAGAGUUAACGCAGGCCGCUGGUUUGUUCUUGGAGAGCUUCUUUGAGAAGUGGGUGAGAGAGGUUUUGCAACCGUGUCUACUAACUGUGCAAAGAGGUGGGAACUUGAGGUUGAGAUUGGAAGGGGAAGAGAGAAGGAACAUUGAAGAGUUUGGCUUCAUGGCCUCUGUGCUGCCAAAUAAGAUAAAUAUCGAACUGUGCUGCAAUCUUUAA